UUUACACCGCGCCGCCAUGUCGAACGAGGACGUCAAGGCCGCCAUCAAGGCCAAAUAUGAAGAGCGCGACAACAUAAUUCGCGAGCAGUGGGUGAAGGCGAUGGAGGCGCGCAUCGUGCGCGAGGAGCUCCAGAAGUGCCACCGCGCCGAGGGCGUGAACCAGCAGGAGAACUGCAAGUGGCUCGCGGAGAAGUAUCUCGAGAAGCUGGAGGGGAGCAGGAUUAAGGGCUACAAGACCGUGGAUGCAUAGCGACACUGCGUAUAGAAGUCCUUUUUCUGGGCUGCUGCGCGGCCCGAGCCUGAA